GGUAUUGUCAUUUUUGUGCUGCUGUUGUUUUCAACUUUUGUGAUAGGUUUUGAUUCCGAUAAUAUAAGUAUAAGUGGUCUGAUCAAAAGUGCUUGAGUGAGAACUAUAACUUGUAAAUUUAAUAAACAUCAAUAACAAUACUUGAUCAAUAUACGAAACAUAUUUAUAGGAACUAAAUCCAGCAAUAUAUUUACUACUCUAUUUUAAAAAUCUAUGAUUUGAUUGCUGAUAUUUCUAAUUGUUAUUUUUCAAGGAUAUAUCUUAACUUAAAUGUAAUAUUAUUGGACUUUUUCUUUUACUUCUCUUGGUAUAUUUUCAGUGCAGUUUAAGCAUUUGUAAAAUAGGAAAAACUGCAGCGGUAUUAUCGAUUAUUUUAAAGGACUAUGUCAAAAACGAGGAUGUGUAUUAUUUACUGAAUUAUUAUUAUUAUUAAUUCAGUAUCCAGUGGUGACGUAAUUAUUAAGGAAUGAACUUAAGAAAACAUUAAAAAAUCUACAAAAUGGAUAACCAAAAUUCCUUGAGUAAUUGGUACAAAAUACCAAGAAGUAUCCUAAGGCUGUGUUUUAUUCUCGUAAACAAUUUGUAUUGUAUACCUACGUAUGUAAUGUGGAUGAUCCUUUUGUUACCACUUAGAAAAGUUAAUCCAGAUAUUUAUUAUAAAAUAGAAGGCCAGUUUUUCCAUUGGCUUCUCUCCGUGGUAACCCUGUGGAGUUAUAGUGCGGGAUAUGACAUCGUGGAGUUGGGAGAUGACAUAGCCCCAUGCCUGAAUGACAGGACACUUGUGAUAGCAAACCACCAGUCUACAGCUGAUGUGCCUUUACUUUUUUCUUGUUUCAACCCGAGGAAACAAGUCUUGCCUAAUAUCAUGUGGAUAAUGGAUAGUGUGUUUAAGUAUACCAAUUUUGGUGUCGUUAGCGUUUUGCAUAAGGAUUUUUUUAUAAUGUCGGGCAAAUCAAAACGUGAUAAAUCCCUCCAAGAAUUUGCACAACAUCUCCUUGACUUCUACAUCCCCUUAAAGAGGAAAUGGUUAGUACUCUUCCCAGAGGGUGGAUUCUUAAGGAAAAGGAAAGCCGUGUCUCAAAGGUAUUGUGAAAAAAUGAACUUGCCAAGGUUUGAAAAUGUCACUUUGCCGAGAGUGGGUGCCAUGCAGGUUAUCAUGGAAACUUUGAGUAAAAAAUCGGCAAUGAAUAAUAAUUCCAAUUCUGUAAAUAAUGACAAGUCAGAGACCCCUUUAAUUGAAUGGUUCCUCGACAUAACGAUAGCGUACCCGAAAGGCUGGCCUAUAGACUUAAGCCACAUCGUCUUUGGAAACCGCGAGCCUUGCGAAACAAUCAUGUUCUACCGCCUCUACCCCCAAAAAGACGUCCCCCAAGACACCGAAACCCUCACCAGCUGGCUCUUCGACCGUUGGGUGGAGAAAGAAAAAAUGUUAGAAAACUAUUAUCGGACUGGUAUCUUUACGUGCGAGUUUAGUAAAAAAAGUAUCGGUCCUAAACGACUGGUGCAGCAAGAUUACCUUAGGUUCGCGAUAGUGCACAUAUUUUUUAUCGCCUCAACAUAUCUGCACACAAUGAUGCUCGUGACAGUAUACAACUAUUGUAAUUAUUUAGUUUAUUAGCACUCCGUCCUGGCGUAUUUGGUGUGUCUGGUGAGAUACUAUUUGUAAAGAAUCAGCUUAAGGUACUAGUACACUUUAUAGGACCAAAAAUAAUCAUUCUUUUCAAGAAUUUUUUUCUCAGAAACUUUAUUACAAAUGAACAUAAAACUUUUUACAUAUUAAUCUCUAACUCUUAGAGAGUACAAAAAAUAUAUCUUUUUUUAUUUAUGCAUGUACACUAAUAUUGUAGAGGGCGCAAAAGUCGAGGCCUCGAAAAAUGAUGGCGGACAGUUAAUCUCAGGAUUGGGAUAUCUGAAACAAAAAAAUAGUACGGCAUUUGAAAAAGAAAGGUUUCCUACGUGACAAUUUACCACAAUUUAACCAAAAAAUAAAAGAUAUAUAUUUUUAACCAUGAAAAACUGAAGAAAAACGGGCGAUUUUUUCACAAAAAUUUUUCAAAUUUCCGUAAAAUCUUUCUUUUGCGGAAUUUUUCACUAACGGUGGUAAAUUGUCACGUAAGAAACCUUCCUUUUUCAAAUGCCGUACGAUUUUUUUGUUUCAGAUAUCCCAAUCCUGA